AUGUCCGCGCUCCCUCGAAGGCUGCUCGGCCACAACGAUAGAAACUUCUACGUCUUCGAUCCCCGCUCUCACGGUGUGAGUGAGUUCCACAUAAUCUCCUACACCUGGGGUGGGGAAACACAGCCGUACAACUGCGGGAUAGAAGGCGUAAGCUGGGACGUGAAAACUCCCUGGGAAAGGAUCAAAGACAUCCAGAGGCUGAUGAUUGCCGGGGGCGUGCAGUACAUUUGGGUGGACAGCUUGUGCAUCAACCAGGCGGACGAGAACGAGCGGUCGGCUGAGAUCUCCAAGAUGUACGAAUACUACAGCAACGCCGACACUUGCCACAUCCUGUUGGGCAUGACCAAGGUGUGGGAUCCGCAAGUGAUCGUCAACAACCUACACUUCGUCGACCACAUCCUUGCACAUAUGGGUGGUGCGGCGCUCGCCUCGGAGGCCCCUGGGCUGACUACGAACUCGACCAGGCGCCUGGCCCAGUGGGAGAACGACGAGAAGUGGGCUUUCCCCGUGGUUGAGUCGACGGUGAGGGCCGCGGCCAUAGACAUGGGCGUGCUGAACUGCUAUGCGACCUGCGUCAGCCACGUCAAGUCGAUGUUCGACAAUCCAUACUUUUUCAGAGUGUGGACAUUCCAGGAGAUGAUACUGGGAAAAAAUAUCACCAUGUGGGGCAUCAACCAGGAGAAAAUCUCGGAAAUAGGAAAGCUGAGUACCUGGAUGGACUUGGCCAUUGACUCCCAGGACAAGGCGGUCAAACUGCUGAACUGGAUCAGGGAGUCAAGAGCCCUGAAGACCGCGUCGGUCAAUACAAUUUUAAGGUUCAUCGAGGAGGACUGUCAUUCUCUCGAUGCCCUACAGACGCAGGUCAAGGGCAUUAGCUCCGCAAGGACAGAUAUCAUCAACGGAGGUCCUUCCUGGUGGCAUGGGAACCACAAGGGGGUGAGCAACAUCUUCUCGGCCGUCUCCAUAACGCCGCGGAAGUGUCUCAAGAGGGAGGACAUCUUUAAAGGGCUCCUGGGCAUCUUCAGCGGGCUAUUCACUCCGGAAGAGAUUAAGCAGGAGAUGUCCGGGAACGAUAUAGAAAGGAUUUCGUUCAAUUUUUUCAAGCGGCUAUCCACCAGGACGGGCCGCGCGUGGACCAAGCUUGCGAUAAGCAGCGGGGAAAGAGGGAAUUGGGACUGGAUCCCCGUGGUAGAGAAUCCCAGCGUGGUCAUGACCACCGACUGCUUCGCCGGGGUGGUCAACAUGGGAUUCCUGGGGCAAAAGGGGCAAGCCAAGGCCAGAGCGAUGACCGGCGUCAGCGGCGUCCCCCGCCAGUACAUGAGUAUCCGGCUCAACCAGGACAAUCGAGGAUUCCAGUUCACCUUCCAGGGCUGUAACUGUGGGAAGAAGGUUAAAACCGGCCACUUCAGCAGCGAGCUGAUACCUACCUACGACCAACCUCGGGACGUGGUCAAGGACGAGAGCGGCAGGGUGUUGGUGCAAGUCGCGACGAUCCUAGGGAGCGUCAUGGACCCCGGUGGCGACAUCAUCGAAUAUAGGAGGCGGCUGCUCAGCAAACUUCAACCAGACUGGAAAACAAACGACCCCAGCGCGAAGCCCACCGGGUGGGAAGACCGAUGCGUGAGCGGAACCGACUGGGAGAACCCGAAUUUCCGGUACAUCAGGACGCACAACUGGUCCAUGAACUACCGAAUGGUGGACAUCAAAGGCUGCGAGACGCGGCUCCACAAUGAAAGCACGGCGAACAUUUCCUGUGAAGUCCGCGUGAAUUGCGGGUGCACGAUCGUGGCCCCCUUUUCCCUGAUGUUCGAAGCCAUAACGGCGGUGUUUGGGAGUUUCCUCGGCAAGGUCUCCGGGGAGCUCGACGACGACGACCGGAUCAUUCUGAAGGAUGGACUGGGUCUGGUGCAGGUCGGAGACAUCGGCCGGACCUUCAAGCUGGUCGCGUUCGGAGGAGAUGUCAACGCCCACAAGUCUUAUGCAAGAAGCUGUAGGCGCGUUAAGCAGGACAAGGCCGUCCAUCCCACGCGCCCCUGGCCCAGCGGCAGAGCCCUGGUGCGGGAGGAGUUCAGCCACGGCAUCACGGACGGGAUGAGAAACUACGGGUACGUGGGCACGGGGGGUUCUGGAAAUUUACUGAUUUGUAGAAACAACCCUAUCGGGCAGUACAAGAUUAUUGGCGUUUGCAUUGACGAUUAUAUUCCCUUUAAAAAGGACGAAGGUAAAGUGAAUAUACGAUGA